GGAGGUGAAAAUCACGUGUGCCGACUCGGUGAUUAAUAUACCACAGGAUUAAAAAAAGUAUCGUCCCUUCGAAUCUAUCCUGCAUGGUGACGAGGAGUCAGUCUUGCACAGGACAUGAAGACGAACGUGUACAGGCGCAUUAUAAUAUCAAUAUUGUUGUUGUUGUUAUUAUUAUUUAAACUAUCGAUCAGAGUAUAGUGUUCCUGGAAAAUAAUUGAAACAAAAAACAAUUGUUGGUUGUCGAUAAAGGAAAUAAAACAGAAAAACCAAGUAAUUUCUCUUGUUCGGUCUAAGGAGAAUAAACGAUGAAAAUCGAAAACGACGUGGAUCCUUGUGUGUGGUUUAGCGAGUGCCUGGGACCAGAACCGCAAGACUGGAUGAAGGACGUGGGAUUGGACUGGUUUGACGAGGAGCUGCUGGGACCACCAGAAUCACCCAGGGCUCAGCCCACGGUCAACAAUGAUAACGGUGCGGACCAUCAUCAUCACCGCGUUCACCAUCAUUAUCAUCAUCAUCAUCAUCACGAUCAUCAGCAAUACUAUCACGACUAUCCGUCGUACACCAUAGAGUCAUCGGCGUGGUUGAUACAACAGAAUCAGUUGCAGUCGACGGAUUCCGACGAGGACUCUUUGCCACCGCCCGUUUUACCAUCCAUGAUACCCGGCACGAGAAGUUUUUCCGACGAACUCCAUAAGAUCCGCAAACCAUAUUCUUUAGGAUUGCCCUCCACCACUGCUGGGUUAGCCUCGGAAAUUCAAGACUUAGACUCAUUCGGACACACAGUGACCGCCGACGUAGAAGAUCUCUACACGUUCAAUAUACCAUUUUUAACGAAUGAUCAAGAUGAUGAAUCGUUUCUUGUCUCAGAUAACCAGGUGGUGAUGCCAAAACGUGAUUGUGAUGCCAUUAUAUAUGACACAUUAUUAGAACCCGUUCACCAAGCCGAUCCCUGCGACGACGGGGUGCGGACGUGCGAAUGGGAAGGGUGCACGGUAAAAGUCGAUGGGCCAGGUCAGGAACCGCUCGUCAAACACAUCGAGAAACUGCACGUGAACACCGCGUCCCGAGGCGCCUGCGCGCAGUACACGUGCCAAUGGCGAGGCUGCCCCAGACGUGUGCGCCCGUUCAAUGCCCGCUACAAGCUUCUCAUACACAUGCGAGUGCAUUCGGGCGACAAGCCUAAUAAAUGCACGUUUGAUGGCUGCCCGAAAUCAUUUUCUAGACUAGAGAAUUUGAAAAUCCAUCAGCGAUCGCACACAGGUGAAAAACCAUAUUCUUGUCAAUUUUUGGGCUGUGUAAAAGCGUUCAGUAAUAGUUCAGACAGAGCGAAACAUCAAAGAACACAUUUUGAACAGAAACCGUAUGCGUGUACAGCUAGUGGAUGCAACAAACGGUACACUGAUCCAAGCUCACUCAGAAAACAUGUGAAAAACCAUAAUCCACAGCCAUCGACGCAGUGUGCUAAAAAUGUCCUACCUAAAUAUCAUAUACAAUCGAAUUUACCAAUAACAACAAACAUCCAAACAAUUUGUUAUCCUGAUGAAAAACAGUUCAAAAUCAAAUUAGAAAAGACGCAAUGGUAGUAUGUAUGUAUAUUAUAAGAAAAUAAAUGAAAUAGGAAAAUACAUGUUACAUUUAUUAAGUUUGAGAUGUGAUUUUGUAAUUACUGUUAAUUAAGGGAAAUUAAUUACGUCUCAGAAUUUGAGAUAGUAGAAAAUUUUAAAUUUUAAAAAUUGUUUUAAGAAGAUUUAGACAAAAAAUUUUAAUGUGAUUACUAUUGUCAUAAAAUCAUGAAUCUCAUUUUAUUAAUUUAUUUGCUCAU